CAAACCGCACCAAAUUGAAGCAAAUUCAAUGAUGAUAUGAUCCUUGACCAUAAAAUAUCUUUCUCUAUUAAACCGCAAUUUUCAUGAGUUCGAACCGGCUGCACACGGUUAUACACCAUACCUUGAAGAGUGAAGAGCAGCAAAUUCAUCCCUGUUUUGGUUAUUGGGUCGGUCAGCUUGGACUUUGUGGUCCAAGUCGAAGCAAUGCAAUCCACAAUCUGGUAGCCCCACUUCAAAGCCCGUUAUGAGCCCAACGAGUGGACUAGCCAUAUUUGGGCCGUAAAUAAAUUAACAAAAUAAAGAUAAUACUUUAUUUCUCCAUCGGUCAUCAUCCGUCACUGAACUGAAUCCAUCGGUUUACUUCUCCUCCAGCUUCCCCCAAACCCUCGAAAGAAUGGCGUCUUCCUACACGAUUUGGGCACUAAUCCUCGCCAGUCUCUUCUCCGUCAACACCGCCUCCACUCUCCCCGGAGACGAUACGGGAGGCGGCAACAGCAGCAGCCUCUCCGCCUACCAGGUCCUGCAGCAGUACGACUUCCCGGUUGGGAUCCUGCCCAAGGGAGUCACCGGAUACAAGAUCGACCGCGAAACCGGGAAGUUCGAGCUCUACCUGCCGGCGACCUGCAAGUUCAAGAUCGAUUCGUACGAGCUGGAGUACGGGACGACGGUCAGCGGCGUGGUGACCACUGGGAAGAUCAGCAAUCUGGAAGGCGUGAAGGUGCACAUCUUGUUCAUCUGGCUCAACAUCGUCGAGGUCGUUCACUCCGGCGACCAGAUGCAGUUCUCCGUCGGGAUAGCCUCCGCUGGGUUCCCCCUCGAUGGGUUUUACGAGAGCCCGCAGUGCGGAUGUGGGUUCGAUUGCGACGGGUUGGAGGAGGAGGAGCUGUUGGUGGGUUCUGCUGUUUCCUCGAUCUAAUUCUGUAACGAGGUCAGUCAUUAGUAUUAAUUAGAUAUGAAUGACGAUCCAAUAAUGAGGUGAAGAGAGGUAGUCGGCUAGUGGGUUCGAUUUAAUGAUUAGAUAUGAAUGAAUGGCAUUUGUAAAAGGGAUCGAAAAAGGGUCGAUUUGGUUUCAUGUUUAUCGGAACCAAUCAAUGGCUGAGCUUUCUUCCUAAGCCAGCUGAAAACUCUGUUUCUUCAUGAACCAGUCCUCCUUCCCUUGUAGUUUUCAGCAUCGAUGGGGGAGAUUACAGCAAGUAAAGAAUCUCCAUAUCCUCUCUGGAGGGUACGGUUUCUCAAGAACAAGGUUACUUAUUCAGGUUCGUUUAAGCUUUUACCCAGGCAUGGAUUGAAGUUGCAAUACUGCUCUCUGUGAUUGAUUGAUUGAGCAGAAGGUGGAUUGUGGUAGUCUUUUGCCUGGUUUUGUCAGAAUUGUCUUUAGCAAUCUGCACACAACUCCUAGCAGAUCCUCCAAGUUCGUUUGCUUACAUUGGAGAAUCUCGGAAAUCAACUGGUAGCGUUUCG